UAUCUGGCAGGCGAGCCAACACUGGUUCUAGAAAAAUAACGGCGCUGGAGGUCAAGUUCUUUCCAUAUAUGAUCUUGGAGAGGGAGAGAGAGGGUCAUGCAAGGUGAAGUGACACGAGGCUCCCUGAAUGAGGGUCUGGAAUUGAAUCUACUACGAAUUGGUUUGCAGCCACCAAGGGCACCUUACUACCAAAUUUGUCUGCCCCUGAGUGAAAUAAUGAUUCCAGUCUCUCCUUGCAGUUUCAGCAUUUCUCCACUCUUCAUCCCCUAUAUAUUUCCAACUCCUGUCACACUGCCUUCUCACCUUUUACUCAGCAAAUUGCUUUCUUUGAUCUCAGUUUGUUCUUACAGAGCAGAGAGAAUAGAGCAAGAUAGUGUUCUUGUUGCAGCAUCAGCUACAAUUCUUGUGUCCGCAAUUCUCAUUUGGGUCUGUGAAGACAACCUUCUUGGCCAAAAUGAACAGUCAAGGCAGCUCCUCCAACUCAUUUCCCGAGAUCUUUAUGGCUGACCAUGGGAACCAUGGGAAUGAUGUCAACAAUCUUGGGUUUGUUCAGAGUAAUGUUAAUCCAAUGGAGUCUGCUGUUCGUGAUUGCCCUACAGUUAUAAACUGGAUGGGCCCAUAUAGUUCCAGCAUGAUUAACCAUAACCAAGUUAAUCCUCGGGAGUUAUUUGGUGGGCACGGAUGGCUUUCUUCCAUUGGUGCUCCUGAUGGAAGUUGUCAAGGAUUUCAAGUGAACCGUUCUAGGCCAAAUGUUGCUACCUUUCAGGAGGGUGGCGCAUCCUUCUUGCAAGGGACCAAUUCUCAUGCUCACCAUCAGAACAUUGACCUCAAUUUGUUGCUUGAGAACAGUGAUGGUGAAGCCAAUCAGGAUAUGGGGGCAGGUUUAAGCUUAUCUCUAUUUAAUCCUGGUGGACUAGAAGCAAAUCAAAAUCAACAGUCCAGCACUUCUUCUGUACCAGUUGUGAUAUCUUCUGGAGUUGCAGGAUAUGUGUUGGAGGAAAACGACAGCAGGGAGGAUCUUUCAUCGGAUGGUAGGCGGGUAUCCUGCAAAAGAAGAGCACCUGAAGAUGCUCCCGGGCUACUGUAUUUGGGUGAAAGCUCAAGAUCUGCCCAGGAAUCUGGAAAUCUUGAAUGGCAUGCUCUUUCUGCUCAGGAAAAUGCCAAUGCCAAUGCCAACUUGAACGUAUCAAGUCCUUCAAGUAUUCCUCCAAAUGCUGGUCAUCCUGAACGGUUGGAGGGUGGAAUUGGCCUUCUUCCUAUGACAGGAGCUCUUUCUGGCAUGCUCCAAACUUCAAGUGGGGCAGGACAAGAAGAAGGAUCCCAAAGAAAUAUUCGGGUGAGAAGAUCUGCAGAUCCACAGGAUUUUGUACAACCUAGUAUAUGGUCGAGUGGGACCAGCAGAGAUUCUUAUCCACAGCCACACAGUCUACCAGCCGUGUUUUCCCCAUUUGACAGCUUUCCAAGCUCAAGCUCAGCAGCACCAUUACCAAUUGAUGGAACUUAUCCGGUGCAGUCUUUUGCACAUGCUCCCAACUCUUUGCAAAAUCUUCAGUCUUCAACCUGCUAUGAUUUGACUAGUCCGCCUGUGUAUGCUGCCAAUGGUGGCAGUUCUUUUCAGCAACAAGGUAAUUCAAUGAGCACGCCAAGGAACACCCUGCUGGCUCCUGAAACUGAAAGGGGCUAUGUGGCAGGGUAUCCAACAGCCUAUCACUUGUUCAAUGGGCAUUCUAACUCUCCAGGAAACAUUGCUUCUAGCUCACAAAAUGGCACUCUUCCAGGUGUUCAUUUUCCAUAUGCUCCUACUCGAGUUCCUGAACACAACAUGACCGAACAGUACGGGCAGAGGUUUUCAGAUAGUGUCAACCGUUUUACAGCUGAAUCUACUGGUUUUGAGUGUAGAGAGCUGGGUAUUUACUGCCCACUACAUUCAAGGACUUCUGCAGCAGCUCGAGAAAUGGAUCUUUCAGUUAGAAGUGAUGAUGUAAUACCUGUUCAGAUCCAUCAGACAUAUGGAUGGACGACAGGACCUGAGAGACAAGCUGGUGGUUAUCCUGAAAAUCCCUUCGCAUUAGAGUUUGUUGGUGCUGCUCAAAGGACAAGCAGAUUGGUAUCUGAGGUCCGAAAUGUCAUGGCACUUUUCCGUAUGGGUGGUAGCUUAUGGUUUGAGGAUGUUAUGGUUAUUGAUCGGUCAAUUUUAUAUGGUGUACCUGAGGAGGAGGAUGACAUGAAUGAAGACAUGCGCCUUGAUGUCGAUAACAUGUCUUAUGAGGAAUUACUUGAUCUGGAAGAUCACAUUGGGAGUGUGUCCACUGGAUUGAGUGAAGAAGCUAUUGUGGCAAAUUUGAGGCGGCAGACAUAUGACUCACUCACGUUAGGAUCUCCAGCGGAGAAUGAAUCAUGCUGCAUUUGUCAGGAGGAAUAUGUUAAUGGAGAUGAUCUCGGGAAGCUGGAUUGUGGGCAUGGCUUUCACUUCGACUGUAUAAAACAGUGGCUAGUGCAGAAGAACUCCUGUCCCAUAUGCAAGAUGAGGGCCCUGGCUGUUAGGGACGGAGUUUUUUGCAGUUUCUCAAUAAGCAGCUUCAUGGAUGAACCUCAGCCAUGGAAAAUUAGGAAAUUUUGACUUUAGAAAAUGGAAACAUUUAAUGUUAAGGAUGCUUUGUUGGUUAUUAUGUUAUCUCCGCUGGAAUGAAAGCCAGUUUUAAAGUUUUGA